GCCAACAUGUUACACAACUGGCAAUGACCCCAGGAACAAGAUAUAUGUUUAUCAGGUACGUCAACACAAUAUAUGCAUCCCACGUUUCUUUCGGGUGACUUUUGUUUUCAAUAUUUGACAUUUGUUGCAACAGACUCAUCGGUGGAUCUACAGUGAGGUUGUACUCCAAGAGACGAGUGUCAACCGGUCUGGAUCACUAUUGGUAUGGUGACUAUGGUCCAUGCUUAAAAGUGAUGAACUUGAUAUUGUCAAACGUGGUGGACGUUCUCGUUUUCCUCUAAUUAGGUUAUCAGGGUUGGCCGUCAGCUCCAACAGCCACCGGAACACUACCAGUAGUAGAAAUAUAGGUGGUGGUUCAAUUGUCACGUUGGGUUUACAGCAGAAGUUCCAUGACAUCAAGGAAAUAGAGCCAAAGAUGCUAGACUUCGUCCAUAGUUGUAUAGGAGAGGCUGUCAAAAGAAUUGAAGAGGUCUUGAACAAGGCAGCCGCGAGGACCUUCUCCCUAAGGAGUCCACGGUUCAACAUAAAACCAACAAGGGGAUCAGCAAGAGGGGUGACUGCUCAAACUGAUCAACUGGACGGGGGCUCUCUAGGUUUUAAUUAACUGUCAGUAUCUACUUAUAGUGUCAACUUGCUGUAUACCCAUGAGGCCACUUUAUUUACAGUAAGUACCGAGUCUAUCAUGAACUAAUUAGUCUUGUCUUGCAAACUUUUGGGAACAGUUUAUAAUGCCAGUCAUGAUGUCCUGUCUAUUAUGGUCUUACUGUUAUGCAUGUCUCUUCCUAUCUGAUGUAUGCCUGGCAAAAUACCUGGGACUGCCUAAGAGGCCCGACCCAAUUUUUUGGGAACAGUUUAUAAUGCUA